AUGGCUAGGCAAGGCAAAGAUGGCACAGCAGUUCAUUCUUCCAUUGCCUUAUUGCAAGAGAGGUUUCGACAAUUGCAGAGAGCAAAGGAGAUUAGGCAGGAGAGAGAGCUCUUGAGGCAGAUACUUUCUGAAUCAGACAGGACUUGUACUCCGGCCACAUAUUACGAGCCAACUGGGUUGUUUCUCCAAUCUGGAUUGACAGUUUCUCACAACUGUAAGCCACCACCUCACCAACCCCAGUACUCAAUGUACCUCCAACCUAACUUGCAGAGCAAGCAAUCUAGUUACCUGAAGGUUUCUGAUGAGACUCGGGAUAUGGGGAACGGAGGUUCAAGUUCAGUUCCAGUCAUGUGCAGAACAGACAAUUUUGAUGAUUCAGAUGUCGACACUUCUCUUCGCCUGUGA